ACAGGUCAGGCCUGGAAUGUCUGGGCCCUGCAAGCUGAGGAAGGACACCCCUGCCGGGGCCCUGGGGCAGAGAUGAGGCCUAGGACAAACGUGGGGCAGACACCGGACCUUCCUCCUCACCUCGGAAUUGGGUUCCCUGGGACUCGGGGUAUGGCCCCCAGCACCCUGCUCUAGGCUGGCACCCCCUUCAAGGCCCCUGGCAUAGCCCUCAGCUUCUCCUCUUGUGAAAGGGAACUUGCACCCCUGGAGCUGGGCAGAGAGCAUGGUGGGGGGAGGCUGGGUUGUACCUUAGCACCCCUCCCCCCACAGCACCCCCCACCUAGCUUGUUCCAACCGCAGACUUCCUCUGGCAGCUGCACCCGCCUCCCCCAGCCCCCAGCCGUGCACGCCUGGGGCCCUCAGGGACAGGGAGUAGAACGGAAACCCUGCAGCUGGGGCAGCCCCGUGGCUGGGAGGGAGAAGAGGGGCCUCAGGGACCCCCAUCCUGAGACCUGGCCAAGCAGGCUCUGCCCCACGCCCUAGGGCUUGGGAUGCUGCUGGCCCUGCCAGGGGCCCUGGGCUCUGGUGGUGGCGCUGAGGACAGUGUGGGCUCCAGCUCCGUCACGGUCGUCCUGUUGCUGCUGCUGCUGUUGCUGCUGGCCACAGGCCUCGCGCUGGCCUGGUGCCGCCUCAGCCGCGACUCGGGGGGCUACUACCACCCAGUCCGCCUGGGUGCUGCGCUGUGGGGCCGCACCUGCCGCCUGCUCUGGGCCAGCCCCCCGGGCCGCUGGCUUCAGGCCCGGACUGAGCUGGCUUCACCAGACAACGACCCAGAGCGGCAGGAGGAUGAGCAGGACAUGGAAGACGACUACAUCUCAGACGGUGGCCUGGAGGUUGGACCCAGAGAAGGCAGGCGGCAGUGUGGCGAGCCAGCGGGCCCAGAGCAGGCUGAGGAAACACCUGACAGUGACACGGAGGGGGGCCCAGGCCUCAGCUCCCUGGGGCCGGCAGGCUCAGGGGGCAGUGCCGAGGCCCUGCUGAGUGACCUGCACGCCUUUGCUGGCAGCGCGGCCUGGGACGACAGCGCUGGGGCAGCCGGGGGCCAGGGCCUCCAUGUCACCGCACUAUAGGAGCCAGUCUUGAUGUCCCAUCCCUGUCAUGGCCACUCAUGGUGCCUCUGUUUCCCAAUCUGCCAGGGCUGGCCACAGCCCCCACCCCACAUGGCAUUCCUCAGACUGUCACCCCUCACCAGUCCCCAAGUCUGUGUACGCUACCCCUCUACAGGAAGGCCUCACAGGCACUGGGCAGCCAUUUGAAAUAAAAGCCUCCAGCCCUGUG